AUGAUUCCAGAAGAAGAGGUGGACUUGAUCGGCCUCUGUGAGAAGAACCCAGAAUUGGCAAAUAGCAUAGUUCUGGGCGUUUCUAGUCAUCCAUAUGUGUACAAGAAGGCCUUUAAGAAAAUUCCGUAUGCAUUGUUCACAGAUAAGGCAUGCAACAGUAAAAACGUCAACAGGAUCAUUUCUGUAAGCGGAACGGUCAUAAGAGCCUAUGAGACCUUAAUAAGAAAUGUCACCAGCGAGCUGAUAUGCUUGAAGUGCAACGUCAAGGUGUAUAGCUCUCCGGGAAAGAGAAGGAAUAAGGUGCUGUGUGAAUCCUGUGGCUCAUCGCUUCUGAAAGAUCGAAGAUGCUUUGGGGAAGCAAUACCAAGCCAGAAGAUAAGAAUACAAGAUAUAGGGAAUCCUAGCUCGAUGUCGGAAACAUUGGAGGUGGUUCUUGAGGAGGAUUUAGCAGGGAAAUUCUUUCCAGGAGAUAAGCUGUUGGUAACAGGAACUAUCCUUGUAAGAUGGAAGCCAUUCAAAAUAGGCGAGCAGAUGGUUAGCUCUAUAUACAUGCACGCACUUGCCGUGCACAAGCAGGAUGAAGAGUCUAUGAAUGACUCGUUUGGGAGGGCAUUCAUGAACAAGCUAGACGAGCUCAGCUACUUCGAGAAAAGACUAUUUCUCAUCAAUUCAUUUGGCGAAGAAAUACAAGGACUCGAGAAUGUUAAGCUUGGGCUUCUAUUGUCUCUGGUGAGCGGGGCCCAUGCAGACCAAAAGAGUGGGGCAAGAUCCAACUCCCAUGUUCUCUUGGUCGGAGAUUCCGGGACGGGGAAAUCCCAUCUUCUGAAGACGUGUGCAAGACUUUUAUCUCCUUCCAUCCUGACUAAUGGAGUUGGGACCACACAAGCAGGGCUUACAACAUGUGCAGUGAGGCAAGGAAAAGAAUGGGUGCUGGAGGCUGGCGCUCUAGUACUUGCAGACAUGGGGAUUUGCUGUAUUGACGAGUUCAACAAGCUCAAGAUCAAUGAAAAGAAUGGACUGCUGGAGGCGAUGGAACAACAAACGCUUAGCAUAGCAAAAGCUGGAAUCGUUUCCUCGUUGAAUACCAGGUGCUCUGUCAUUGCGGCAAUGAAUACAAGACACAAGUACAACCUCAGCAAAAGCAUCUCGGAAAACAUCAUGAUUGCAACCCCCUUGAUUAGUAGGUUUGACCUUAUAUUUGGACUAUUUGACAAUAACAAUAGCGAGAACGACCUGUUGAUUGCCGACAAAAUCCUUUCCAGAAGGCCUGAGGCCGAUUCUGCAGAGAAGAAGCAAGAUCCUAUGCAUUGGGACAGUGGUAUCUUGAGAAACUAUAUAGGCAUUGCAAGAAAAAGAGGCAGCACAAUUCCUGAUGAGCUGAACGGUAUUCUGCUAAGCUACUACCACUAUAGAAGAAAGCUUGAGGGAGCUAAUGAACUCAAUACAAUAAGAAUGCUAGAGAGUCUUGCAAGACUUGCAGAGGCGCACUCUAAGCUCCUGAACACCGGGAAAGUAACAGAAAACGAUGUGUAUGGUGCGAUUCUACUGUUAGAAACAACAUUGGGUACAAAGCCUCUUGUGGAGAUCAGCCCGUCGAGAGUAUUCGUUGACGAGGCCUAUCAUCGAGAAGUAAUCUCAGAAAUAAAGGCGAAAAUCAUGAAUGAUAAACAUGAAGAAUAA